CUUAUUAUUGCCUUUAAGCUACGCGAUUCAUGAAAAUUAUUGACCGAUUGUUCUUGAUUAAUUUAAAUAUUUUUUUCCGCGAUGGACGACAGUGGACAAAGGCGAAAAUGGGAGUCCUGUUGGAUUGCUCUGUUUUUCUCUUUGCAAUUGUGCUUCGUGGAACGGGUUUUUGGUCAGAUAAGGUACGCUAUUUCGGAGGAGGUCAAAGAAGGAACUGUUGUAGGAAACCUGGCUAGGGAUUUGGGUCUUGAUGUCGGUACUUUGUUGGACAGACGAUUACGUAUUGUUUCUGGUUCUAAGGAAGCGCUUUUCAAGGUAAACCAAAACAAUGGCGUAUUAUACGUGCAAAAGAAAAUCGACAGAGAAGAAAUAUGUGACAGUGGUAAUGUUUGUUUGAUUAACAUAAAAAUUGCUCUUGAAAACCCUCUUCAAAUCCAUUCUAUUGGAAUUGAAAUAGUUGACAAAAACGACCACCCUCCCACGUUUGCAGAUAAACACUUACAUUUAAAUAUAGCAGAAAAUAAAGCUCCUGGUGCGCGACUUGAUUUGCAACCAGCGCGUGAUCCAGAUAUUGGUACUAAUUCUAUUCGCACUUAUAAAUUAAUUCAAAAUGAACAUUUUAGUUUAGAAAUAAGAGACAGUGAUGAGGAAAGAAUUCCGUCGCUUGUGUUACGGAAAUAUUUGGAUCGAGAAAGUAAGCCUGAACAUGAAUUACUUUUAACGGCACUAGAUGGUGGAAAUCCACCAAAAUCGGGGAAUCUCAACAUAACUAUUACUGUCCUUGAUAUAAAUGACAAUCAGCCUGUGUGCAGCCAAGACGUGUACUCGUUAUCUUUGCAUGAAAAUGUCUCUGUUGGAAAGAUUGUAAUGAAAGUGAAUGCGACUGACCCGGAUGAAGGCAGCAAUGGAGAGAUAGAGUAUUCUUGGGGUAGGAAUACGCAAAGUAAAAUCAAAGAUAUUUUUCAAAUAGACAGCAUUACUGGAGAAAUUCAAGUAAAAAAUGAGAUCGAUUUUGAGAACAUUCAGACAUAUAGAUUACACAUACAAGCCUCCGAUAAAGGACAGCCUCCGCUCUCUGUCGACUGCAGGGUUGUAAUCAAAAUAAUAGACGUGAACGACAAUAAACCUGAAAUAGAAGUAACCUCAAUUCUAAACACUGUUCCAGAGGACUCAAAACCAGGAACUGUAAUUUCUUUGAUUAGUGUUACAGACAAAGACUCUGGAAUUAAUGGCAAAGUCGUUUGUAGCAUCUCAGGUGGUUUGCCAUUUGAGCUAAAGCCAUCUGUUGAGGACAACGUCUAUUCAUUAAUUACAAGUAAAAACUUAGACAGAGAGCUUACGUCUUACUAUGAUAUUGUAUUAAUGGCUAAAGACAUGGGCGAAUCUGCGUUGUCCUCUUUUAAAUCACUAAAUGUGCAGGUGACAGACAUAAAUGAUAACGUUCCUCAAUUUCCUCAAGACCCACUUGAGCUUUACAUAAAAGAAAACAAUGUACCGGGUACUUCCAUAUCCUCGGUGAGCGCAACCGACAAAGACCUGAACGAAAAUGGAGAAAUCACAUAUCAAAUCAUGAAAGUGGAAGCGAGGACUAAUCACUUCUGGUCAGUUUUAAAUAUAAAUGCAGAGACAGGUGUUAUACUUGCACUUAAGAGCUUUGACUUCGAAACUACAAAAACGUUCCAGUUCCACGUGCUCGCUACAGAUUCUGGAACACCGUCACUAAGCAGCAACGUUACAGUGAACGUGUUCAUUCUGGAUCAGAAUGACAACGUCCCAGUAAUCUUAUAUCCAAUCAGCUCUAACGGUUCUGCGGAAGGUGUGGAGGAGAUUCCCAGAAAUGUGAAUCCAGGACAUUUGGUAACUAAAGUAAGAGCCUAUGACGCGGACAUAGGAUACAACGGCUGGUUAUUAUUUUCACUGCAGGAAGUGAGUGAUCACAGUCUAUUUGCUUUGGACCGCUAUACGGGACAGAUAAGGACUCUUCGCUCAUUCACAGAAACAGAUGAGUCUGAACAUAAACUAAUCAUACUGGUUAAAGACAAUGGAAACGUUUCUCUUUCAGCAACAGCGACUGUAAUUAUAAAAUUUGUUGAACCCAAAGAAGCCUUUGCUGCGUCUGAUGUUAAAAACGUAGUAAAAGAAGAGGACAAAAAUAACAGUAUAUUUUAUUUGGUCAUUACAUUGGGAUCUGUUUCAUUUCUUUUUGUUAUAAGCAUCAUCGUGCUGAUUGUAAUGCAAUGCAAAACUACAGACUAUUCGCCCAAGUAUUUACAAGAUGCAAAUUAUGACGGGACACUGUGUCAUAGCAUACAGUACAGAUCCGGAGAUAAACGCUACAUGUUAGUUGGACCCAGAACGAGUACCGGUUCUACUAUAAUUCCAGGAAGUAAUGGAAAUACUCUAGUGAUACAAGGUCAAAGGAGGAGGACUUCUGGUGAGGUAAGGGGCAUUUCUUUUCAUAACGGCUAUAUUUUUACCCUACAGUAUACAAUACUAGAUACAAACAUUGUUUAUUGGUGA